UGGGCUGGGCGUCAUAUGACGAGAACGUCAUGUGUUUUCGUCAAUAAUUAAAUGUCAAAAUGGCGAACGGUGAUACUGAAAAGACAAGCAGCUCUGGCUAUUGUGGCCGUUUCUUUGCUUACUUUACAAUAACGUUUGCUUUUUUAACUGCUGCUAGUUUGCUGGCAAUUGGAAUCACCCAGUUCAUCAAUGGACCUAAGAAUCUGAUCAUAAAUAUCUAUAUUGUGGCAAUUGGAGGAUUGAUACUAUUCAUGGAGAUGGUGUCUCUUAGCACAAGUUGUGUCAAGAAAACUGAGGAAUCUGGAUGUUGUUUGAAGACUGUGAGAUGGGCAGAUAAUUGGAAGAGAGGUGUGUUCUACAUUGUCCUAUCCAUUGCCUGCUUCGCCAAGUUUCUUAGUGUACUCUACAUUACAAGUGGCUGUCUAACUGCUGCUUCAGGGGUUUUCUACUGCAUGAAGACAUGUCGCGACACCCCCAAGAAAACUAAGAAAGAGGAUAAGAAACAGCUGACUGCUAACAUGGCUUGAGAAAUCAAGUAGCUGUCAUUUGUAUCGCAUCCAAUCAAAAGCCCUUAAUGUAGGAAUUUCAUAAAGGACAAUGGUAUUUAGGACAAUUUUGGUAAAAAUAUAAUUUAAUUAUUCAUAAUUAGAAAUUAUCAUAGGUGUUCACAAAAUGAAGAAUGUUUCUCAUUUCAUGGAGAGCUCUCACACGUUUUUGUUGCCAAUGCUAAUGAUUGUUGUUGCUGAUUAUAAGAUCAGAUAAGAUAGGCACUGUGUGACACACACCCAAGUAUAAACAAUUUUGCGCAUAUUUCACCUAUUUGUGUGCAUAGUGUGCCAAGUUAUUUGUAGUACCUAGUUCAUUUCUAAUCAUACAUCGCUCACAUCACAAACUAAGACAAAGUAGAUUGUGUUAAUUUGUGAAAACUAAAAAGUGUUAAAAUAAACACGUAUUUGUUGCCUAGCAAUUUUUUAUUCUUUACCACACAAUGCAAUGCAAUGCAAUAUUUAUUGGAUUCAUUUUUACAUCAGUGGUACACAUCAGAAAAUACCUGAUAGUGCAUCCAGAAAAAAAAAAUUAAGAGAAAUUAAAUUAAAUUGAAAACAAAAGUACAACAAAAACACAGAUGAAUUAAAGGCCUGAAGAUACACUAUAGACAGAAAUGAUUAUUGAUUUUAACUUAUUGAUGUACUGUAUAAUAAUUUGAUACAUAACUUGAUGUUCAUAAUGGGAUAUUAGAAUAUUCUUUGCAGAUUAAGUAUAUAGACAAAAAUAGACACAAAAACUCUGUAACGACAACAACAUGUAUUUAACAUGUUUGUUUGUUUUCAUAAACUAACAGAAUCAAUCUACUUUCAUUGUGUUAGCUUUCAUUGUGUUAGUUUGUGAUGUGAGCGACGAUACCUUCCCCAAUUUUUUAAAAUGUCUAUGUCUUCAAUGUACUACUUUAUUUUGUUAAUUUGUUUUUAUAUAUAUUAUAUAUUAUUAAUAGUGUUUACACUUGUAAUAUCACAAUAAUGUGUACAUUAGUUAUGAUUAUUUAUAUUAAAUAUUGGUUUGUAAAUAUAAGAUAAUAUGUAUCAUUCAUUCAGUAAUAGUAAAUGGUAGGGAUUUGUGGUAGGCAACCUGCUUUCAGCUAUAAUGGACACAGCAUGUAGCAGGUUAUUUAUAACUUCACAGGUUUUGUAAGCACAUGUAAAAGUGAUUGUCUUGUGGUAAGUCUUUCACCGCCUGCUGAUUCUGUGUAGUAGGUGCUAUAUAAAUGUGGCUAAAUAUUACAUGUGGAUAUUUUUCAGUAUUGGCGUGGUAAAAUUUAAAAUAUUUUGAAGAAAGACGUUUGAGAAUUGAUCAGCAAAAGCAUGGGCCAGUUUAAAUAUAUAUUUAUAUACAGUAUCUAUUUUAUAAUGGAGUAAGAAUUAGUUAAUAAGUAACUGUAUGGCAAUGUGUUUAGCUGUAACUUGUAGAUAAAUGUGAUUACAUUAAAAUAUGAGGCGGCCCGACGUGUUUUACCAUCGGGGCCAGACUUUAGGUCGUUUAAUAGUCUGUUCACGCAGACCUAUCGUAUCAGUGUUGAACGCACACAGACCCAUAUGACGUCUGAUUUUUGCUUAAAAUUCGCACAUUAGCACUCACGAAACAUGCACACAUUUGCACUGAUGUCUCUGUGACUUAUAUAGUGUAAGUUGAAGGAUACCAGGGUUUUUAAUGGUAAAAAGAAAUCUUUGAUAUGUAUUUUUUGUUUAGGGAGUCUGCAAUAUAAAGUUAAGAAGCUCAUUCCAAGGUAUGCUAAGUGUAUUCUAGUAUUUUACUGACUCUGGUAGAAGUUCAACCCAUCCCCAUCAACCACAUAAAUGUUUAUGUGGGUCAGAUUAUUCAGAAGCCUAAAAAACAAAUGUUCUGUGCAGUUUUGCUGGUUGCAAUGUUUACAAUGUAGACAACACACAGUGAAAAAUAUUAAAUGUCCUUAAAGGAGUUUACAUUUAAAAAUCAUCGCUUAUACACAGAAUUUAUCUGUAUUCCAGAGUCAGUAAAUUCAUAUACAGAACUGUUUACAUCUCUAGAACUUACUUGCAUACUUCUAAGUCUCCGUCUUUAACCUGAAGAGUACAUCAUACAUAGUAUUGUACUGUUAUUGUUAAAUUAUGGAGCGAUGAAAAGGCCUGUCAUACAAAAUAUGUGGGAUAUUUUUGUGUAUAUAAAAAUAUUUUUACUUAUUUAAGAUAUGCUAUAUAUAAGAGAAAUGAGUCGAUUUUUUGUUGGUGUUGACGAAUAAAAUGCAAUGUAUCGAUUAA